AUGAGGUUCAAGACUCAAAACACCUACCUCCGUCCUCAUCGGUUCAACACGCUCACACACUCACCACUACGCGACAUGGAUCCUCAACCAUAUAACCGCUGGGUCGUGGCCGGCUUCAUCAUCAUCCACGUGGUCCUCCUCUGCUGGAUCCUCUCCAUCUCCAUCGCCCUCCAGCGCGAUCGCCACGCCCGCCUAGUUGGACGCAAACUUACACAACGACCUUUCCGAAACAGGAGGGCAGAGUUUCCGUGGAAGGACGCACUUCGGGAGACGGAGGUGGUUGCGGAUGAUGGCGCUGAGCCUUUGCUGCCGACGUCGCCUCGGGGCACGGGAUGGGGAUCGGGAAACAGACGGACGAGCUGGAAGCACAAUGAUGAGUGGGGAGAAGGCGCGUUUGCAUGA